UGAGUUGUAACCUGUUGAUCUUGAUUCCAAGUUAUAACCUGGUACUUCUAUAAUAAACCCCAUAAUUGUGAGUGUGGUGCGUGAGUUCUUUGUGGCCAUUACAACAAAUUAUCAAACCCAGCAGAGAAGUAUAGAGUGCCGUGGGAGGGACGGCUUGUGUCAGAAUUGGUAAAAUGGUUGGAGAGUGGAGUUCGUCUGACCUGCACCUCAUAGGAAUCAGCUUCGGGCUGAUCCUGUUCAUUAUCUCCCCCGAAGUUAGACAGGUUCUGACACUACUACAACUACCAUUUCACAACAGUGCUUACAAUUUGCAUAGCAUGAUGUUGUUCGAAUUGCAGUGCAUCAUGGGGAUGUAAAAAGACUUUUGAAGAGGUACAUGGGAACACAUGGUUUAAAGGAAAAAUGUGUAGAUAAUACCUAUCUAUAUGUCCUUUGCUGCUGAGGCAUCAUGCUGUGCUUAUUCUUCCCGUAUUCCCUUUCACAGUCACACUGUUUCCUCUUUAGAGAACAAAGGCUUUCUUCCCAAACAUUCAGACUACUGCCUUUGACUGCCCCAGAUGUAGAAGCCUCUGAAGCACUAAAUAAUGGGGGAGAUAGAUAAUUUGGAGCCUUCAUUUAAAGUGAGUGCACAGCAGCAAUGGGAAAAUCUAGGCCCAGAGGGAAUGUGUGCUCAGAGUUAUUUUUCUCUUCAGCCUGCAGGUCCUGGCUUCCCAGCAGAAAGAGGGAUGAAGUGAAGGAAGGUGGAAGAGAUUCCAAGACUUCAGCAUCGUCAGUUCUGUGAAUACCUUUGACCGAAGACUGAGAUUUUUGAAGAGACAUUCAGAUCUAAUCCAGGAGAGAAAAAUACAGAGCACACAAGUUAGCGACCAUUUCCCAAAUUUAGAAGAAAAUGAUCCAAGCCCAGGAAUCACUGACAUUCGAUGAUGUUGCUGUGGAAUUCACCUGGGCAGAGUGGCAGCUCCUUGGUCCUGAUCAGAAGGACUUGUACCGGGACGUGAUGUUGGAGAACUACAACAACCUAGUGUCAGUGGGGUAUCAAGCUGGCAAACCAGAUGGACUCUCCAAGUUGGAACAAGGAGAAGAACUGUGGACAAUAGAAGAUGAAGUCCACUGUCAGAUCUCUCCAGAAAUCAGGAAAGUUGAUUAUCAUCUCCAACGACACUUGCAAAAGAGAAUUCAGAAGUGUAUGGAACAAUGCUAUGAACGUAAUGCAUUUGGAAGCAUUUUUAAUCAAAGAAAAAGUAAUUUUCCAUUAAAGCAACACCAUGACAUGUUUGACUUGCAUGGAAAAACUUUAAAAUCAAAUUUAAGUUUAGAAAACCAGAACAGAAGCUGUGAACUGAAAAACUUUACUGAGUUUAAUAGAUAUGGACAAUCCUUUCUCCAUGAUAAGCAUGAACAACUUUAUACUGAUAAUAAAUUUCAUGAAAGUGUAAAACUGAACAGCUACAAGUCUCAGGUGAUUAAGCAUCAGAGAACUGCUAAAUUAGAGAAAGCCCAUGUAUGCAGUGAAUGUGGGAAAGGCUUCAUCAAAAAGUCUCAGUUCAUUGAUCAUCAGAAGGUUCAUACAGGAGAGAAACCUCAUGGAUGCAGUAUGUGUGGGAAAGCAUUUUCCAGAAAGUCCAGGCUUAUUGAACAUUGGAGAACUCAUGCAGGACUGAAACACUAUGAAUGUACUGAAUGUGGCAAAACAUUUCUGAAGAAAUCACAACUCAGUAUACAUCAGAAAACUCAUAUGGGAGAGAAACCUUAUGCAUGCAAUGAAUGUGGGAGAGCAUUCAGCAAGAAGUGUCGGCUUAUUUAUCAUCAGCGAACUCAUACAGGAGAGAAACCUCAUGGGUGCAAUCUAUGUGGGAAAGCCUUUUCUACAAAGUUCAGUCUCACUACUCAUCAGAAAACUCAUACAGGAGAGAAGCCGUAUACAUGCAAUGAAUGUGGAAGAGUCUUCUUUGAGAAGAGACGUCUCAUCAUACAUCAGCGAACUCAUACUGGAGAGAAACCCUUUAUAUGCAAUGAGUGUGGAAAAGGCUUCCCCCUGAAGAACCCUCUUAUCAGACAUCAGCGAACACAUACAGGAGAGAAACCCUAUGUAUGCAGUGAAUGUGGAAAAGGCUUCACCAUGAAGAGCGAUCUCAUCGUACAUCAGCGUACUCAUACUGCAGAGAAACCAUAUGUAUGCAGUGAUUGUGGAAAAGGCUUCACUGUGAAAAACCGUCUGAUUGUACAUCAACGAACUCAUACAGGAGAGAAACCUUAUGUGUGCAAUGAAUGCGGAAAAGCCUUCCCAGCAAAGAUCCGACUGGUUGGACAUCAGCGAACUCACACUGGAGAGAAGCCCUAUGUAUGCAAUGAAUGUGGAAAAGGCUUCACUGAGAAGAGCCAUCUCAAUGUACAUCGGCGCACUCAUACUGGAGAGAAACCCUAUAUAUGCAAUGAAUGUGGAAAAGGCUUAACUGGGAAAAGUAUGCUCAUCGCACAUCAGCGAACUCAUACUGGAGAGAAACCCUAUAAGUGCAAUGAAUGUGGAAAGGACUUCACCAUUAAGAGUACUCUAGAUAUACAUGAGCGAACUCAUACUAGAGAGGAACCCUACAAAUGCAAUGAGUGUGGUAAAGCCUUCAGAAAGAAGACAUGCCUCAUACAACAUCAGAGAUUUCACACAGGAAAAACUUCCUUUGCAUGUACUGAAUGUGGAAAAUUCUCUUUGCGCAAGUACGAUCUCAUUACUCAUCAGAGAAUUCACACAGGCGAGAAACCAUAUGAAUGCAGUGUAUGUGGAAAAGCCUUCACCACAAAGUCAGCGCUCAAUGUUCAUCAUCGGAAACAUACAGGAGAGAGGCCCUACGGAUGCAGUGAUUGUGGGAAAUCUUUUGUCCACUUGUCAAUCCUUGUUAAACAUAAGAGAAUGCACACCUAGUCAUUGUGGAUAGACUUUCCAGUUUUGGGUCCCUGGAUAUUAGUAUUUGUACAGAAGAAUAAAUGAAUGCAAAGUGGUAGUGUCUUUAAUGAUCAGUUUCCUCAUAUUGUAUGUCAAUGAAAACAUAUACAAAUAAAAUAUAAAAAUCAGUCUCGAUGAAACGUUUCUAGGUCAUUUUAUGUCUAAAAGAUGUAUACUGAGAUAAAUCAUAUGAAUGGACAGACUAGGAAAGACCACAGUGGGAACAUAGUCUGUAUCAUCAGUGUAACUCAACAUUUUUGGAUAUGUUUAAUGACGUUUAUUAAGUAGCAUCACAUAGUUUAUGAAACCAACAUAAAUAUGAUUUUCUCUAUGUUUUUAUUUUAAAAUAAGUUCAAGUUCACAAAAACAUGCAGAAAUAAUCUGGAGAAUUUCCAUGUACCCUU